GCUGGAAAAAGACAGUUGGUAAGCUGGGAUUUGGACACCACUUGGGUGGAUUUUGUCCAGUUUUACAUCCAGAUAGGAGGAGACAGUUCUUCAUGCAAUAAACCAGACAGCAGAGAAGAAGGUGUGCUUCUGCAGUACAGCAAUAAUGGCGGCAUCAACUGGCAGCUACUAGCAGAAAUGUAUUUCUCUGACUUCAGCAAACCCAGAUUUGUCUAUCUGGAGCUGCCAGCUGCAGCCAAGACACCUUGCACAAGGUUUCGCUGGUGGCAGCCCGUGUUUUCAGGGGAAGGGUAUGAUCAGUGGGCCAUCGAUGACAUCAUCAUUUUGUCAGAGAAGCAGAAGCACAUCAUUCCUGUUGUUAAUCCCACUUUACCACAGAACUUUUAUGAAAAGCCAGCAUUUGAUUACCCUAUGAACCAGCUGAGCAUAUGGUUAAUGUUGGCCAACGAAGGGAUGACCAAAAAUGAAAGUUUCUGCUCUGCCACCCCCUCUGCCAUGCUCUUUGGUAAAUCAGAUGGGGAUCGGUUUGCAGUGACUCGAGAUUUAACUCUGAAGCCUGGAUACGUCCUGCAGUUCAAGCUGAACAUUGGUUGCACUAACCAGUACAGCAGCUCUGCUCCCGUUCUGCUUCAGUACUCGCACGAUGCUGGGCUAUUCUGGUCCCUCGUGAAGGAGGGUUGCUACCCUGCGUCUCCAGGCACAAAAGGCUGCGAGGGAAGCUCCCGGGAGCUGAGUGAGCCGACCGUGUAUCACACAGGAGACUUUGAGGACUGGACAAGAAUUACUAUUGUUAUCCCCAGGUCGCUUGCAGCCAGUAAGACUCGAUUCCGCUGGAUCCAGGAGAGCAGCUCCCACAAGAGCGUGCCUCCUUUCGGCUUAGAUGGCGUUUACAUUUCUGAGCCUUGCCCCAGCUACUGCAAUGGUCAUGGGGACUGUGUCUCGGGAGUCUGCUUCUGUGACCUGGGCUACACAGCAUCACAUGGAACCUGUGUGUCUAAUGUGCCUAAUCACAGUGAGAUGUUCGACAGGUUUGAGAGAAAGCUAAGCCCUCUCUGGUACAAGAUAACAGGAGGUCAGGUUGGGACAGGCUGUGGUGUGCUCAGUGACGGAAGAUCUCUGUACUUCAAUGGACCUGGCAAAAGGGAGGCAAGGACUGUUCCCCUGGACACCACAAAUAUCAGGCUAGUUCAAUUUUAUGUACAAAUUGGAAGCAAGGCUAUGGGUAACGCCUGCAACAGACCAAGAGCCAGGAAUGAAGGGCUUGUUGUUCAAUACACAAAUGAUAACGGGAUCACCUGGCAUUUGCUGCGAGAGCUGGACUUCAUGUCGUACCUGGAACCCCAGGUUGUUUCGAUAGACUUACCUCGGGAAGCCAAAACCCCCGCCACCGCUUUCCGCUGGUGGCAGCCACAACAUGGAAAGCAUUCAGCUCAGUGGGCCUUGGACGAUGUCCUUAUAGGGAUGAAUGACAGCUCUCAGACUGGCUUCCAGGAUAAAUUUGAUGGAACUGUGGAUUUACAAGCAAGCUGGUACAGAAUACAAGGAGGUCAAGUAGACAUCGACUGCCUGUCUAUGGAUACAGCUCUGAUGUUCAGUGAAAACAUCGGAAAACCUCGUUAUGCCGAGACCUGGGACUUCCAUGUAUCAGCCUCCACUUUCUUGCAAUUUGAGCUGAGCAUGGGUUGCAGCAAGCCAUACAGCAAUUCCCAUAGCAUUCACCUGCAGUAUUCUUUAAACAAUGGGAGAGACUGGCACCUGGUGACAGAGGAGUGCGUCCCUCCAACCAUCGGCUGUCAGCACUACACUGAGAGCUCCAUCUACACUUCAGAAAGAUUCCAAAACUGGAAGAGAAUUACAGUCUACCUCCCACCCUCAACCAACUCUCCCAGAACACGGUUCAGAUGGAUUCAGUACAACUAUGCUUCUGGUGUUGAUUCUUGGGCUAUUGAUAACGUGGUCCUGGCUACAGGGUGCCCCUGGAUGUGCUCAGGCCACGGCAUCUGUGAUGCAGGUCGUUGUGUGUGUGACAGAGGCUUUGGUGGUCCAUACUGUGUCCCUGUCAUUCCUCUGCCGUCUGUCCUGAAGGAUGAUUUCAAUGGUAACUUGCAUCCAGACCUUUGGCCUGAGGUUUACGGUGCUGAGAGGGGAAACCUGAAUGGUGACACCAUCAAGUCUGGAACAGCUCUCAUUUUUAAAGGGGAAGGACUGAGAAUGCUUGUUUCAAGAGAUCUAGAUUGCACUAAUACCGUGUACAUCCAGUUUUCAUUUAAAUUUAUUGCCAAAGGCACCCCCGAGAGGUCUCAUUCCAUCCUGCUGCAAUAUUCUGUCAACGGUGGCAUCACUUGGCACCUGAUAGAUGAGUUUUACUUCACGCAGACUACGGAUGUCCUCUUUAUUAACGUUCCUCUGCCCUACGCAGCCCAAAGCAACGCAACGCGGUUCAGGCUCUGGCAACCUUACAACAACGGCAAAAAAGAAGAAAUCUGGAUUAUCGAUGACUUCAUUAUUGAUGGAAAUAACCUAAAGAAUCCCAUGAUCCUUUUGGAUACAUUUGACUUUGGUCCCAAAGAGGACAACUGGUUUUUCUAUCCAGGCGGAAACAUUGGGCUUUAUUGCCCAUAUUCAUCUAAGGGAGCCCCGGAAGAAGAUUCAGCUAUGGUAUUUGUUUCAAAUGAAGUUGGAGAACACUCCAUUACAACAAGGGACCUGAGUGUGAAUGAAAACACUAUAAUCCAGUUUGAGAUCAAUAUCGGCUGCACCACUGAUAGCUCCUCUGCCGACCCGGUAAAGCUGGAGUUCUCACGAGAUCUGGGGGCAACCUGGCACCUGCUGCUCCCCUUGUGCUACAGCAGCAGCAGCCACCUCAGCUCCCUGUGCUCCACUGAGCAUCACCCAAGUAGCACUUACUAUGCGGGCACCACCCAGGGCUGGAGAAGGGAGGUCAUUCACUUCAGAAAACUGCACCUCUGUGGGUUGGCAAGGUUCAGAUGGUACCAAGGGUUUUACUCUGCUGGAUCCCAGCCAGUGACUUGGGCCAUUGACAACGUGUACAUCGGCCCACAGUGUGAGGAGAUGUGCAACGGGCAUGGCAGCUGUAUCAAUGGCACAAAGUGCAUCUGCGACCCCGGGUACUCUGGGCCAACCUGCAAAAUAAGUACCAAGAACUCUGACUUCCUUAAGGAUGAUUUUGAAGGUCAGCUGGAGUCUGAUAGAUUCCUGCUUGUGAGUGGUGGAAAACCAUCAAGGAAAUGUGGUAUCAUGUCUGGAGGAAACAACCUCUUCUUUAAUGAAGAAGGCUUACGUAUGCUGAUGACUCGAGACCUAGAUUUGUCACAAGCCAGAUUUGUGCAGUUCUUCAUGAGACUGGGAUGCGGCAAGGGGGUGCCAGACCCCAGGAGCCAGCCUGUGCUGCUGCAGUAUUCGCUCAAUGGGGGCCUUACAUGGAACCUUCUCCAGGAGUUUCUCUUCAGUAACUCCAGCAAUGUGGGACGAUACAUCGCCCUGGAAAUUCCCUCGAAGGCCCGUUCCAGCUCCACUCGGCUUCGCUGGUGGCAACCAUCUGAGAAUGGGCAUUUCUACAGUCCCUGGGUAAUCGACCAGAUUCUUAUUGGAGGAAACAUCUCUGGCAAUACGGUAUUAGAAGACGAUUUCACCACACUGGAUAGUAGAAAGUGGCUGCUCCAUCCUGGUGGAACAAAGAUGCCCGUCUGUGGCUCUACUGGGGAUGCUCUAGUGUUCAUUGAGAAAGCUAGCACCCGCUACGUUGUCACCACUGACAUCGUUGUCAACCAAGACUCUUUCUUGCAAAUAGAUUUUGCAGCAUCCUGCUCUGUCACGGACUCCUGUUAUGCUAUCGAACUGGAAUAUUCAGUGGACCUUGGGCUGACCUGGCACCCGAUUUUGAGAGACUGUCUUCCCACUAAUGUGGAAUGCAACAAGUACCAUCUCCAGAGAAUUCUCAUUUCGGACACUUUCAACAAGUGGACCCGGGUUACUUUGCCUCUGCCUCCCUAUACUAGGUCUCAAGCAACUCGUUUCCGCUGGCACCAGCCUGCUCCUUUCGAUAAGCAGCAAACGUGGGCAAUCGAUAACGUCUAUAUUGGGGAUGGCUGCAUAGACAUGUGCAGCGGCCAUGGGAAGUGCACACAAGACAACUGUGUCUGCGAUGAGCACUGGGGUGGGCUGUACUGCGACGAGCCAGAGACGCCCCUUCCAACACAACUGAAAGAUAACUUCAAUCGCUCGCCAUCGAACCAGAACUGGCUGACGGUGAACGGAGGCAAACUGAGCACGGUCUGCGGGGCGGUAGCCUCUGGGAUGGCUCUUCACUUCAGCGGGGGCUGCAGCCGUAUGUUAGUUACAGUGGACUUGAACCUCACCAGUGCAGAAUUCAUCCAGUUUUAUUUCAUGUAUGGAUGUCUGAUAACUCCUAAUAACCGCAACCAAGGAGUGCUGCUGGAGUAUUCUGUGAAUGGCGGAAUCACCUGGAGCCUCUUAAUGGAAAUUUUCUAUGAUCAAUUCAGCAAGCCCGGUUUUGUGAACAUCCUUCUUCCCUAUGAUGCCAAAACCAUUGGGACACGCUUCCGCUGGUGGCAGCCUAAACACGAUGGCCUGGACCAGAAUGACUGGGCUAUUGACAACGUGUUGAUCUCCGGCUCAGCUGACCAGAGAACAGUGAUGCUGGACACCUUCAGCAGCGCUCCCCUGCCGCAGCAUGAGCGCUCCCCUGCUGACGCAGGGCCCACCGGGAGGAUCGCCUUUGACAUGUUCAUGGAAGAAAAAACUACAGUGAAUGAACACUGGUUAUUCCAUGAUGAUUGCUCAAUUGAGAGGUUUUGUGAUUCUCCUGAUGGUGUCAUGAUCUGCGGGAGCCAUGACGGCAGAGAGGUCUACGCAGUCACCCAUGACCUGACUCCUACAGAAGGCUGGAUUAUGCAGUUCAAGGUUUCUGUUGGAUGCAAAACCUCAGAAAAACUUGCACAAAAUCAGGUCCACGUACAGUAUUCCACUGACUUUGGUGUUAGCUGGAGUUACUUAGUACCUCAGUGUUUACCAGCCGAUCCAAAAUGUUCUGGGAGUGUUUCACAGCCAUCUGUCUUCUUUCCCACAAAAGGAUGGAAAAGAGUAACUUACUCACUGCCUGAAAACCUUGUGGGCAAUCCCGUGAGGUUUCGGUUCUACCAGAAAUACUCAGAUAUGCAGUGGGCCAUCGAUAAUUUCUAUCUGGGCCCUGGUUGUCUGGAAAACUGUAGAGGUCAUGGAGACUGCCUGAAAGAGCAAUGCAUCUGUGAUCCCGGGUAUUCGGGACCAAACUGCUAUCUGACCCAAACACUGAAGACCUUCCUGAAAGAGCGCUUUGACAAUGAAGAAAUUAAACCAGAUUUAUGGAUGUCCUUGGAAGGUGGAAAUACCUGUACUGAGUGCGGGAUUCUCGCAGAAGACACAACUCUGUAUUUUGGAGGUGCAACUGUGAGGCAGGCUGUCACUCAAGAUCUGGACCUGCGAGGGGCAAAAUUUCUACAAUACUGGGGGAGAAUUGGGAGUGAAAACAACAUGACAACAUGCCAUAGACCAACUUGCAGAAAGGAAGGCGUGCUGCUAGACUAUUCCAUUGAUGGAGGGAUAUCCUGGACUUUGCUUCAUGAGAUGGAUUACCAAAAAUACAUCUCAGUCAGGCAUGACUACAUCCUCCUCCCUGAACACGCUCUGACCAAUACAACCCGCUUGCGCUGGUGGCAGCCUUUUACAAUCAGCAACGGGAUCGUGGUUUCAGGCCCUGACCGGGCGCAGUGGGCGCUGGAUAACAUCCUGAUCGGAGGAGCAGAGAUCAACCCCAGCCAGCUGGUAGAUACGUUUGAUGAUG